AUGCCAGAAGGAAGCCGCACACGAGGCUUUUGCGUCCUCCUCCGCAACCUCAUCCUAGCCGUCCUCCUCUACGCCGCUAUCUUCGGCAUCAUCGAAGUCUCCCGAGGCCGCUCUGUUCGCGCAAAAGGCAAGCUCGGCAUACCAGCCUUACUGAACAAGUCCGGACCCGCGAACAUAGUCAAGCAAACCAAGUCGAAAGUCACGAUCAAGUUUGGAGGCUCACCGGACGCCAUAACAAUCAACCCACACGCCAACGUCUUCAACCGGCCUGCCAGCGCCGUUGCGCCCAAGGACGACUAUCUGGGUCUACGACCGCAUGUAGAUACAGAGGCAGAUCUCCACUUGCUAGUCGAGGAGUGUCGGGGAACUUACACUGGCUUGGAGAAGAUGAGGAAUGUCUUCGACUGCCUUCAAUUUCUGGCAAACGGCGAAGACAGAUACUACCUACUCCCCGAAAAGUCCGAUCGUGCGUCAGAACAGGACCCUCAACACGCCGAAUAUAACGAUGCGGAUGGUCAUGGCAACACCUUGUCCAAAUACGUCCCUGUUGACAAGGCCCAAAAGCCCUCGAAGGAGAGCAUAGGCACCUGCCCUGGCCCAAUCAUACCGUACCACACCUACUGGACCGGUCCAGCGACAUGGCGUGUCGAAGUCUUCAUCAAAGCAUACCUCCACACCCAGAACCUCGCUUGCAGCCGCCUCUGGAUCUGGCUGGACAGCGACAAGAACCCCAACGCCGUGGAGGACAUGCUCACACGCGAUGCGCUGUUCGCGCGAUUUUUACCGCUCGUCGAGCGCGGCGACAUACGGCUUAUGCCCUGGAACUUUCCCAGCCGGAUUCCGCUCCCCAAGAACACGGACGGCACAGACAGCAUCAGCUACUACAAGACACCUAGCAAGCCGAACGCGCUUGGCGAGACUAAAGUCGCAGAUGGCAUCACCGGAGAUGCGGACGGCCAGCAGUGGCUAGUGCUGACACCCAAGCAAAUGACCUUCCUCCCCGUCGCUGUCUCAGACGCCGUCCGCUUCGUGGUCCUCCACAUCCACGGCGGCGCCUACUUCGACAUGGAUGUCCUGAUGCUGCGGGACAUGCGGCCGUUGUUGUUGCCGAAAGAACACUCCUUUGCAGAGCGCUGGGCCGCGCACUCGCAUCCGGGAGACUACAAUACGGCCAUCAUGUCGCUCACAGCCAAUAGCUCGCUGUCCUCGUACCUGCUGCGCGGAGGCGUACGGAUGGGGCUGAACUUCCACCCCCGGGUCAUUGGACGCAUGGCGUGGAAAGACGGCCGAGAUCAGGAGUUCUUAAUGUUGGAGACGGCGGCGUUUGACCCCAUCUGGACGGAGUUUAAUUGGGACCGGGAGGGCAGGUGUACGGUGCCUUGCUUGAGGGACUACUCGGCCGCAUUUAAGGGAAAGGCUGGAGCUGUCAAGGAUGAGUGGGAAAGCUUCGACAGACCGCAGCUGGAGCGUAUAGGUGCAGGCACGACGGUUGAGUUGAGGGCGCAGAAGGCCGACGGCGACUCCGGCUCCUCCUCCGCUCUUGAGGCGCCUUCGGGCCGGACUCACCACCGCCGCAACAGGCACAAGAACGACGAUCUGCGAGCGUCUUCGGCUGCGCAGGGCAAGCAGGCCCCGCAGGACGGCUUCAGCCCCACCAGCGACGAGGAAGCCGAGCUCAGACAAGCGGGCGUCGUGGCCGACUACAUCCUCGAAGAGGACAAGUUCCCGCCCAACAACCGGACGCUCGAGAACUUCUUCCGUGGCGCGUGGACGUAUCACAUACAUAAUCAGUGGCUCAAACACCCCGAACCUUCCUCCUGGAUCAACGUCCUCGAGCAGGCCCAUGACGGCUUCCUAGCGGGUCGCCGCACGAACCCCUACGGUGAGAAGUGGGACGGUCCGCCGGUGGCGCCGUACAACUACUGGCCGGAGUUUGUAUGA